AUGGCGUUUCUGCUCUGGGUCCUUGCUCUGGGCUGUGAGUGGGAUGAGCUGGGCAAGGUGACGGGCGCUAGGGAUCCUGCCUGUGGGGGAAUCCCAGCACCGGAGGUCGGGGAGCCCUUGCUGCCUCAGUGGGCAGCCAUGGGCUGCUGGAGGGGCCCCAGCACUGUGCUGGCCUACCUGCUUCUCCUGCGCCCGCUGCCCUCGCCAGCCUGCCCCGCCGUCUGCCGCUGCUCCUUGGGGGAGGUGGACUGCAGCGAGCAUGCCCUCCGCGAGGUGCCACAGAGCCUGUCGACCAACACCAGCGCCCUGUGGCUUGGCUACAACUUCAUCACUGUGCUGGGGCCGCGCUCCUUCCCUCCCCUGCCGGGGCUGCUGCUGCUCAGCCUGCCCCACAACCGCCUGGCGCUGAUCCACAGCCAGGCGCUGGUGGGGCUCGGGGCACUGCAGGAGCUGGACCUCAGCAACAACUACUUAACCGUGCUGACCCCUGAAACCUUCCUGCCCCUCACCAGCCUGGCCACGCUCAACCUGGGCAGCAACAGGCUGGGGGAGCUGGAGCCUGGGGUGCUGCAUGCCCUGCCCCAGCUCCGAGCCCUCCUCCUGCAGGACAACCCCUGGGUGUGCAGCUGCAGCAUCCUGCCCCUCUGGCGCUGGCUCAGCCACAACAGGGAAAAAGUGCAAGAGAAGAGUUUGCUCCUCUGCAGAGUCCCAGAGCGGCUGAACAAGUAUCCGAUCAUGGCCUUCAGGAAUGAGUCCUUCAGGCAAUGUCAGGAGACCUCACUGUCCGCCCAGCACUACAUCACCUUCUUGAUCAUUGGACCAUUCUCCUUCAUGGCCAGCAUCAUCUUCUGCACCUUCAUGGGCUCCAUCAUAGUGGUUUACCACAACCUGCGCAGGGAAGCCCACUUCUGGAGGAGACCCCGCAUCUGCAGGGGCCGCCGAGGCAGGGUGACCAGGCUUUAG